CACGUCACGCGCCGCCGCGUGGGUUCCGGGCGCGCGCAGCCGUCCCGCCCCGUGGGGCCGGACACCCGUGUCCCCAUGCGGGCAGGAGCCGGCGCUGGGCUAUGAACAACGCCACGGCCCCCACGGCCCCGGGCGCGACGGGAGACUCGCUGGUGGGCUAUGUCCUGGGACCCUUCGUCCUCGUCACCCUCCUCGGCGCUGUCCUGGCUGCGGUGAUGUACAUCCAGAAGAAGCGGAGGUUCGACCGGCUGCGGCACCGGCUGCUGCCCAUGUACAGCUACGACCCGGCUGAGGAGCUGCAGGAGUCCGAGCAGGAGCUGCUGGUGCAGGCGGAGGACGCCCGGGUGGUGCCUGGCUGGGGGGGGGCUGCGCCCCACCGACCCCUACGUGGGGACUGGAAGGCCUGAUCCUGCUGCAGAGCUGGGACCAAAUCCUGCCUGCAGGACCCAAGGGAGGAACGUGUCUGCACCGGCACCGCUGCCUUCACCGCCUGCCAGGAAGGGCAGGAUGUACCCAGAGCAGUGUGGUGAUGCCGGUGGGCGCUGCUGGGAGCGAUCCUGGGCCACGAGCACUGAUGAUAACGGGUGAUCUCCCACCUUGGCACCGAUUUUUGCUGAUUUCUUUUGCUUGAACUGCCCCACCAGCCCCUUAGAACACCCUGAGCGGGGCAGCCGGGGCUGGCACCUGGCGCGGGAGCAGCCGGGUGCGGGGCUUUGCGGGGCGCGGGGGGCACGAUGCCUGCGGGGCAGCAGUGCUGGAGCCAAUAAAGGUGUUUCUCUGCACUUG